AUGAAUUUCUCAUCUAAAAUCUACCAAGCCGUAUCCGCCGACGACAGUUUGCCACCGAUAUCACGUACAAAUUUAUUUCACCUUUUGAAAGACUUAGAUUUCCGGUAUAGUAAAAGAAGUAGAAAUAGUGCUAUGACCGAAAAAAUUGAGAUUGUCGUGUGGCGAAGAAUGUAUUUGGACAACAUCAAAAAAUACCGGGAAGAGGGUCGACAUAUUUUUUUCCUCGACGAAACAUGGGUGAAUGCUAGCGACUGUACUUCGAAAACGUGGGUCGACGGAACAAUUAAAUCUCACCGGGACGCAUUCCUAAAAGGUUUAUCGACAGCUGCUGUCAAUCCUUCGGGCAAAGGGAAACGGCUCAUUGUACUCGACAUCGGCUCAGAAGACGGUUUUCUACCCAGGGGUUUGCUAUGUUUCGAAUCUAAAAAAAAUACACGUGACUACCAUGAUGAAAUGAAUGGGGACACAUUUCGUGAGUGGAUGGAGGGCAUUCUACCUCACCUAAAACCAAACUCCGUUAUUGUCAUGGACAACGCUUCCUACCAUUCAGUUAAACUCGACAAAGCCCCAACAUCAAAUACAAAAAAGGCGGAUAUAAUAAAGUGGUUAGAGGAUAAGGGAGAAGUCGUAGACCGGUCUAUGGUUAUCCCUCAACUAUUGCACAUUGUAAAACGAUUGAAGCCACUACAUACUAAGUAUGUUAUUGACGAGCUUGUUAAAGCUAAUAAUCAUACAGUGUUACGACUCCCGCCAUACCACUGCGAGCUUAACCCCAUUGAGCUCGCUUGGUCAUCGGUGAAGAACCACGUCCGGAUGAAUAAUACUACUUACAAGCUUCCGGACGUCAAAAAUUUACUAACAGAGGGCAUCAAUCGAGUUGACGCAGAAAUGUGGAAAAAUUUCAUAAGCCACACCAAAAAGGAGGAGGACAAGUUCUAUGAAGUUGAUAAUAUUAUAGACGAGGUCUUGUCAUCGGAAAAAACGGAUUUGUUGAUGACCAUUACGGGGAACACGUCAUCAUCUGAAACGGAUUCAGAUUCUGAUUAA